UUCACGACGUCAAACUUUAACUUCUUCGCCCAGCCAUACGAAGAUGAAUAAUUUCAAUGGCGUUUGAAGCUCUCCUCAUGUCCUAUCGGUCAUGGGGAUUAUUAUUACUGGUAGGAACGAAGUUGUAAACUGAGUGUACCAGCCUGCAAUAGAUUAAUGCGUCCGUCCGUCUGUCCGUCCGUCCCCUUUCAAUACUUUAUAAGUGAAAUCUCGUGCUGUUGGGUGUAGAAAAAAAAUUCCAAUGUUCCUACCAGCCCACCCUGCAAGAACCUAUUAUUUGUCCACGAAUUAUUGUGCUGGGCCAUCACGGAUGCCCAUCAGUAUUUUUAUAACCCCGUUCGCCACUUCAAACCACUGCUUUUGGGGCCUGCAUCUUGGUCUCUGUCCUAGUGUUGUAUACAGCCCUUUUUCCAUCUUUUCACAAAAAUUCACAAAAAAUUUGCCGAUACACAUAUUUUUUUCUCUUCUCGAAAUAACGAAUGAAAACACAAGCGCACAGCAAACUGCAAAACACGUAAGCCAAACACUGAAGGCCAGCAUGUGAGACUGACCUCGGCACGCUAAGAGAUAAGAGUGGAAAGAAUCAUAGCCAACUCAUUAUUGCUGCCAACUGCACUCGCGGGGGGUGGGGGGGGCUGAGAAUCCCCCACCGCAGCUACACGGAAUGACGAAAAUUCAUGAGGACAGGAGGGGGGCCAAGAUAGCUGGGUGAAUCACAGCCUUGUGAACAUAAAACAGGUGGUGUUUGGGUGAUGUGGACCAUGGGCAACGGAGAGAAAGAAAAACGCCUUGUUUUCCCGCAGCGUGAGAGAGGAAAGAUAGCACCAGAAGGCAGGGAAAUUCCUUGCUAACGAAGGCAGCAGCAGACCUUGGCAAACAAAUUAAGUUGGGGAGAUUACAAGACAUGGUCACAUGGAACAUUGACACUAACACUAUUCACCUUAAAAUGACAAAGCCCUUGCCCGUUGCCCGACCCCACAGACACCGGGGAGUGCGAGUUCCGACCUUCAGAGGCUUACCUCCUGACUGAGGAUAUCGAUAACAAAAUGAUAAUAAAUGAUAAAAACCCGAGCCAACUCAUUAUUGCAACCACCUGCACUUGCGGGAGGGCUGGGAAUCCGAUGGAUAACACUCACCUACCGCAGCCAGACGGAAUGACGAAAUUAAUGAGAGGAGAGAGCGGCCUUGAGAUACACGGCGUGUGUAGACCGAAAAGCAGCUUAAAGCGCAGCCCUGCAAGUAUGGCGGCGUCAGUGGGACAACGGCAACAGCGGCGUGAGUAGCGAGAGUGGGGAGCAGAGAGUGUGGGACAGAGACUGAGAGACAGCGAGAGAGUGAGGGGCAGGGAGUUACCACAGGCUGUCUGUGCUCAAGGGAGAGUUAAAGCCUAAUAAACAACGCACACACAACACGAUAAUCACAACCUUGUUAAACAUGAAACUAUACAUACAAGGGCGGUGUUAAACCGGGGGCCUGGGCAAAAGAGAGUUCCCCGGCCGACUUUGUCUUCCUGCAGCACAUGAUAAGAAUAUGCAUACGCUCAAGAGAGCACUUUCCCUUGAAAUAAAAUCAAACACCACGAUGGGAACUAAACAACAGACCUCGAGUCACAUACAGAAUCAUAACUGUAAAACUGUGAUGAAAUGAAAUGUUAACUUUAAAAACCUUAACCAUUUCUUUGUUCGUCGGUGAAGGUCGCACCUGAGGGAAUAUCGCCCCUCCCUCCAGGUUGGGCCAUACAGACAGAGACUCCUGUGAGACGAUUUGUAACACCUGUUGUUAUGGUUUAUGGAAAGAGGAGGCAGCGGAGCCGUGCCGUAUGACGCACACAAGGACACACAUACACAAGGACGCACAUACGGACACGCGCUCCAGACCACGACACACAGCUAAAUCAAAAGAAGCUCCGCCUUGUGCGGAGGAGCCAAGAGGAGGGAUUUUGGCAUAAAAGAGGACACUACAGCAUUGAAACCUCAGUUCGGCCAGCUCAUCGGAGCUCGGUUCAGCUCGGCUGAGCUCAGCUCAGCUCAUCGGCUCAGCUCAGCUCAUCGGCUCAGCUCAGCGGGGGAGCUCAUCAGCUGAGCUCAUCAGCAAGCGGCCAAGGCCAGCUUGCCAGCUCGGCUCAUCCCUGCGGGGGAUCGGCCGCCACCGACCCGGAGGAGGUCCCUGCCGCCCACCAGAAGGGCGAGACUCGCUGUUUAGCGAUGGGGCUACGCGGUGCGAGUCGGCACCAUCAAAAGUAGCAUCGCAACGAACGUGUAUCGCCAGCCCCCGAUAGCGCAACCGGUGGUCAACACUCAGCGACACGACCGUGCCAGCGACCAGCAGACGAGCGCCAUCUACCGAUCAUACAACUGUGCCCACUAAGAGCGGAACGUGGGCUAGCCGCCAAGCCGACGGCACCACCGCGCACGCUACGAGCGAGCUGUGUGCACCAUCUACCGACGGGCCAACACAACUACAACAGCAUGGCGGCUCGCCAACCUACGUCAGCCAAACCGAAUCAACCAUGGUGACAGAAGAAUUGACUGAUACCUCGCGUUACGCGGCGGAAUUAACCACAGGACAAGUACAAAGAACGAGGAAAAGGGACGGAAACGUAUUCAGAGCUUCGGCAGAAGCUUCGGCAGAAGCUCUCCAUUGAGACGCAAAUAAACAUGGCAAAUGAAGAUGAACAAGCGGUGGCCAAAGUCAGUGCUGCAAUGUUAAGCAUCACAAAGGCAGCUGAUCUCAGAGAAGAUCUAGCGAUGAUGAUGCAACCAUACACAAAUUGGGAAGAAUUUUUUAUUCCAGCACCAAUGACUAUUGCAUUAUUGGGUCAGCUGCUUGUAGUGUCAACUGGUAAUGACUUUCCAAUUGAUCAAAAUAUGCCUAAAGAUGGUUACAAGUUCAUCAGGUACCCAAAAUCUUUUCGGGCAACCCUUGUUCAGACUAGCAAUGCUGGAUAUAAAGCAUUCAAUAAGGCACACACAUGCAUGGAUCAGAUUCGACUUCUUUCACAGUCUAUACUGUCAACAAUGACAAAAGUGGAGAAAAUAUUGACUCACACUGAUACACAGGAAGUUGAGUUGAUUUUGCCCCUUCAUCUUAAAAAAAUAAAAGCUACGGCAGAUACCUGUUUGCAAAGAGCCCAAGAUGUUGAAAAUGAAUUUAAUAACGUCAUGGAGCUCACUGGAGAGCUUUUGGAAGCUUGCACAAAUUCCAAAAGUCAAUACGAAAAUGAUUUGUCUAAUAUCAAAAAGGAACUGGAAAUCCUUAAGAUUAAGAAUGACUUAGCAAAACAAGAAAAAGAGAAUUCUGAAAUGGUUUUUAAGCAAAUAGAAAAGGAGUUGGAAGGAGCUAAGAAAUACCACAAGGAAUCUGUAGAUAACAUUCCGGAUGCAUACAUGAUGCUUAAAGUGUCACUCACAGAAGGCCUAAUUAAUGGCAUAAAAAGUGCAAUAUCUGUUGCAACCUUUCAAUAUUUAACUGGAUAUGGUAAAGUCCAAACGACAGGUACUGUUCAAAAUGCAAGCAAUGAUAUAGAUCAAAUGAAUAGUGGUGCAACAUAUGUACAACACAACAUUUUUAAUAUAUCUGCUACUAUGAACACCUUAAUACAAAUGAUAAAUGUGCCAGAUAGAUUAAACUUACAAAAUAAGGAGGAACAACAAAAUCAUUACACUAUGUUAGAAAGGGAAUUCCAAAACAUUUACAAUAAAUUGAGUGAAGCAGAUGACUGCCCAGAAAAGAAAAUUGCAAUGAAAAUAUGUUCCAUUGCAGCAAAUUUAUGCUACAAUAUCAUGUGCUCAGAAAAAUUCCAAGCAAUGAAUUCAAAAUAUAAAAAAAAAAUCUCCCCAAAAAUUUUUAAUUUGAAAAAAUGGAUGGAUAAUUUUUUGAGGGGCAGAAAAGCAGUUCUAAACGCUUCAAUUGUUACUGCAAGGCCACCCAACAUCUCUAAGCAGUCUACCCCAAAUCAAGGAAGUAUGUCUGACAUGGUGAUGCAAAAUGCCCGCAUGCAAUUGCAGAACGCCACAGAACAAGUUAAAUUAACACAAGAACAACAUGGCAAGGUCCACGAGAAUCUACAGAAAAGCAACAAGGAACUUAAUGACAUACUUAUAGAUAUGCAAAAACGUGAUCGAAAACAAAUAGAUUUUGAGAGUUCCCUUCAAAUGCUCGUUAAAGGUCUCAAAGCAAUUGGCCUUAUUCGAGAGCAAUGGGGAAAGCUUGUGCGCUUUUUUCAAAUGAUAUCCAAUCUUAUUGACACGUGUCUCCACAAGGAGCUAACCCAUUUUACGGAAGAAUGCAAACAAGUCUCAAAAUUGACAUCACAUUCAACACGAAUUGAUUUUUUAAAAGACACCAUCUACGCUCAGGUUUCACAAGCAGCUGCAGUAUCACACUUGGUGAACAUGAUUUCUGGCACGUACGUCGAAGUCUCUAACCGUUACCUUAUGGAUAAUGUCAGCAGCCUUGGCAAGCUCAUAGCUCUGUAUGAGAAAACGGGUGAACUUGCACGAGCCGAAGAAGAACUCAGUGAAAAUUGUAGAAUUGCUCAAGAAGGGAUAAGGAAGUUGGCUCUGGAAUCUAAAGAAGAGCAUGACAUAAAACUUCAAAAGAGACUGAACUCUAUUCAGAAACAAUUAACGGCAGUCCUACCACUAGAAGUAGAAAAUCCCUCAGCCAUAUCAGGAAUAGAAGAAAGUGAUGGUGAUGAUGACGAUCAAUUCGCUUAGAGCAAAGUACAACUACAUUUUUACAAAAUAUCAGCAUAUGUUGACGUUGCAAAUCAAUUCAUACAAUUGGAAUUAAAACAAUUCUCUUAAUUUACAUGUGAGGUUCCUGCAGCCUGAAUUUUUAAAACAAUCUACUUGAUUCAACUACGAUAACAUGUGUGUGUGACUUCAUCACGAGCUGUUGCCCUCCUUUACCCGUCCUCCGUAGACCACAGGCAAUCGUUGAAUUAGGCGAGGGAAUGUAACACGAUAGAAUGUUACCAGUGAGUAUAGCUGGAAUGCUCACCAUUGUGACCAACCACUUGCUGUAGACUAGGGUUGUGAAGCAUCAGCAGGUACAUGCAGCGGCACAAACAAUAACAGCAACAACAAUCAACUGUAUAACAGCUGCAGCAGUAUUCGCCUAAUAUGUUUCAGGCCUGAAGUCUUCGAAAAAUGAUGAUAAUUACUUAUUGAUGAUUAUCAAGUGGUUGGUACAGUGUCGCAAUGGGCGAACAUUAUAGCUGUACUACUCGCUGGUGGAAAUUUCCAUCGUGUUACAUUUCUACUUCUAAUUCACUGUCUGUGUGGUCUAUGGAGGUCAAGUGGAAGGAAGGCGACGUAAAAACUGGUGAAGUCACGCACGCAAUCACCUGAAUAAGGUCUAAAUAUGGAAUCUAUUUAUAAUGUAAUAAUAUGCCUUUUUUUAAAACAAUACUGCUAAUUAACUAAAGUUGAAUAUAUAUUUUUUAUAAAUCACAAAUUUGUACACCUGAAUUAUACUCCAAUGGAUAUCAUCUCAAAUUUGCACCUGGAAAUUAUCACGAGUUUGAAUAAUAUAUCAGGAGUUUUAAUGAAUUUUAUAACUUACUACUUUAACUCAAUCAAUUACAUUAUGUCACGACUUUUAUUUCCAGAUUUAUGUUUAUGAUUUGCAUAAUGCAAGACCAUAAUAUCUCAACAUCUGCAUAUCUUCAUGAUUUACGUAUUGACUUUAAAGUAAAAGUUUAUUUUAAAAAGAUUGAUAAUGCUAAAAUUAAUAAUAUUAAUCGUUAUUGCUCUAGAUUUCAAUGAAAAUCUGAACAUGUUACUUUGCAAUAACAUGUUUAGAGGUAUACGUAUCGUAAAUAUUUCGUAUGUAACAUUCCUGGAUACAGUAUAUAAUAAAUCAUGAUACGUAUAAACAAUAACAUGCAUACAAAGACAAAGAUCCCCAUAUAUCCUUAACAUUUUCUUGGGGCAAGUGCUGUUAGCAAUCACCUAUGAAGGCCGGCAUGGCACACAAGGGGGUGGGUGGCCAGCACCACGCCAUGCCGCCUUUGUCUCCCAAGUUGGCGAUGUUUACUCCACAGCUCACCAGCUACAGGCGUGUUCGAUUAAUGAGUGAGAUACGUUCCGCUAACAUUUCUCGUUCAGGGAAAAUUCGUUUAAUGAUCAUCGUUUUCCCAUUGACUCCCAUGUUAAGAGCUAAGUUACGUUUCCACCCCAACAUUUUCCACAAUCUUACAAAACUAAAAAUACCUAUAUCUCAUGAGGAUUGACUUUUAAUUGGAAUAUCUUCAGACAUUUUUGCUAUUUGAGCCAUCGGGGUUGCUGCUCUCAUUUGGAAUCUUUCACAACAAUCCCCUUCGAGCAUAACUCCAGUGGCUUACUACUAUUGGAAGAGCGUUCCAGACGGCCGCAGAAUUGCAUCUGAAAGCGCGCGAUGAAACAAUAAACUGCGGGACAAGGUUCGCCCUCUGCCGCCACGGGACGGAUUUGAUCGAUCUGUCUCGGCUCGUUACACGAACAUUUUCUCUUUUUGCGAACAAAUUGGGCAAAGUUCUAAAUGCUAAUUUGUGCGAAUUAUCGUGAAAAGAACGCCUGUUCAGCGAGACACGCCUGUACCUGUUUGAGGCUGAGUUGAUCUAAGGGAGGCCCAAGACCGGUUCAAACAAUCGUCACUGGUGUUGGCUGUGAACGGGAAUUGGACUCGAGUCGCUGGAUUCGUAGCACAGUUACAAGCUUACACCAAUGCACAAAUAUAAACGCACAGGAAUGUGCACAAAACUACCUUAAAUAAACAAUGCAUACCAAUGCACACGUACAUUGCUGUCACCCAAUUAAAUAUACACGCAGCCACAUUAAAUAGCCAUACACACUGACGAAUAUACAAAAUACGCAUUUAUGCACACAACACAUCGACUCAGAGUUUCGAGCACUGAGUAGGCACUACAGAAAUACCAUGUUAGAAUGCAGAAACAGCCUGUGAUUGUUACACAAUAUGUUACCACAUCAUUUCAAUGUCGUAAUUUCAGUUGGCGAUUUCUCAUAACUCUUCGUAACCCAUGAUAUGAUAUUUGGCAUAUGUAAAGUUACAGUAAAUCGUGUGGUCGGGCUGCUUGUAAGACGACCGUGAUUGAGCUAAAUGACUAAUUCAGCAUGAUUAAGAAAUAUAUUCAUAAUUAACAAGAUGAGUAACAACACUGAAAUCACUCAUAUCAACAUUAAUAACAUGAAAUUCGAUUAACGUGCUGGCCUCAGCGAGAGACCAGCUGUUAUGCACGAACUGACGAGAUUGUGCUAGCCAUAUUAAUUAGGUACUUUGCGACUGCUCGAAUUUAUGAGAAACAUUAAUAGCUAUCUGUUUCCCCAGGGUAGUGUUGAUGAUCUCAGAUUAGUCACCAAAACAUGCAAAUAUGUAUUCGCACAUGUUCGAAUGCCGGAAACAUAUAUACAUUUUGGGAUCUGGGCGAGUUUGAAACUAGUGUGUGGAUCAGAAGUCAUUUGAAGGGAUCUCAUAAAGAGUUCUAUGGAAUCUAAUUUUAAGGAUAUUUUCUAACGUGGCAUCUACGUUAAUUUGACAUAAUUAUGAAUAUAUUUUUGUUCCCAUUCAUGGCAUGACAUCAUAAUUUUGAAAAUAGUUUGGAUAAAUCAUAAACAUAUUGCUUAUUGCAUAUGUGUAAAUGUGUAUAUAAAGGUUUAAGAGCAAAUGUAGGGCUUUGCAGACAUUAAUAUAUCUGCAAAGCCCACGGGCAUGGCAGACACGCAUCAAUUAAUUUUGUGCAGGUCACUAUGUUGACCAGAAUUCCUUCUGUGAUUGUUCACUUACCGCCAUUGCCAUGGCUCGGAAGAAUGUAAGGAGUGGCUAAAACACUGAAGGAGUCUAAACUCUAAACAAUUAAUCAAAAGCCGGUACGUAGGGUAAAAGAUUAACGUGUUUAAAGUUGGUGUGUAGUACACAUGUCCUUUUUUUAAAUAAAAAAAUCACGUCUAUUAUCAGAUAAAAUGCGUAUGAUCAUGAAUGUAUUGUCACUUAAAAUAGUUUGUGCAUUAUAUCUUUAUACUUUCAUAUUUAGAAUGUAAGAUUAAACACAAGGGAGUGAUUUACUUUUGUUAUCUUUAAAUGUGAAGUGCUGAACAACACAGACUACAUUUUCUGGAUAAACACUACCCUGCAUGAUCGCUUGCAAAAUGAGCAUGUUUGCUGGUUGGUUUUCUAAUUCUAUUUUGCAUUGUAUUUUUUUAAUGCUGCUGUCCAUUUUUUUAAGUUCUUUGUAUUAUUUUAUGAAGUUAUAAUUACGAGUGGACAGACCAUAAUAGUUGAUUACAAGUAUGCCUACUGCCAGGUCAGCUGUUUAUAACCAUUCUUGCUCGUGAGAAAACUCACGACAGACUUCAAACUCAGUGAGUCGAGUCCAAGGUGACACCACUGCGGAAGACGCACGGUCUUACAGCUUGCCAUCUCAACUAGUCCAUGAGACAAUGCAGAAAUUGGUACCACCCAUUGUUGCAACACUUUAGUCGUGCCGAUGCAUGCACGUGGCUAAUAAGAAUGAAUUAUUUUAUAACCCACUUAUUUUAAACAGUUAUAUAACUCACUUGUAUUAGGCCCAUAACGUCUGAAGUCAUGCCACCGCGGGUAGUACCGGUAAGGGAAAUAUCUGGUCUGGGCUCAUGGACUAAAACUAUUCCAAUUACAACAAACACAAUAUUUGUUGGAGAUCCCGGGGAAGCACCUGCAGUCUGCAGUGACGAGGCAAGCUACCGUCCAUCUGCGCAAGCGCGAGACAAGAUCAAGCGUGGCUGGACCACACAGCUCUACCACGUCAGAGUGCCAGCAUGUCAUUGAACAAACACGCCGGAGAAAGACACUCCCUUUUGCCUUGGCGGAUAACGUGCAUUCAUGUCAAGUGGGAGAGAAAUAAAUUUGCCAUGCUGGCCAGUUUCCACGGCAACUUACAUCACCAAUGUAAAAUAACGUAUUUCAAGACAUCGUCAAGAAUAAUCAUUGUAAAAUACAUUAUUCGACUAUGCAGGGUAACUUUAAAAUUAACUCUUCCAUUAGCCCUCGUGCGUGUAGAGCUCAGAUUAUAUCCCAGGCUUGCAUUGGUCAUUUUAGUUCAUGUAAUUGUUUGAUUUAUGCCAUCCGUGUAACAAUUGUAGUACUAAUUAUUCAUUGAUAUUCUGAUUUUGUGCAUUUAUUAAACUACAUAUAUUCCAGUUUC